CUAUCUACAAGAAACGCUCCCAGCCUCCCAAUUGAUCAUCCUCGGGCGCCAAAACAACCAAGGACGGGGCCAAUUGCCAUUACGCGGCAGCCCAAGAAGAAACCGGAAAACGGUGAGCGUUGAAUUUCCAAUGCCAAGCGUGUGACGUGACGUGUCUUGCUCGUAAUAUUUCACUUUUUAGUCUUGAACGGGAACCUGCAUCUUCACCACUUCUUCCUCCCCUUACACCAACAAUCACCAUAAGCCUCGAGUCUAUUCCCCUGUGCUACUACACAUUAUCGAGUACUGAUACAACGAUACCCGAGACAAGUUGAAGAACAGAGUAAUACUCACAUUGACGACGUUGGCUUUUAGAAGCCACUUGCUCACCGUACAUAUCACACCAUACCAUACCAUACCUACCCACCACAGCACAUACAGCCCAACAUGAGAUGGAUAUCCAGAGUCUCGGCCGCAGCCGCAGUGCUGCUUGCUACUGCAGUCUCAGCCCAGACAUGGAGUAAAUGCAAUCCUCUCCAGAACAGCAACUGUCCCAGCGACGAUGCCCUCGGCAUGAGCAUCGACAUCGACUUCUCCAAAGGCGAGGUAAACUCCUUCGCAGCCUCUGGAUCGCCUAAAUACGACAGCGAGGGCGUCUCCUUCACCGUCGCCCGCGCCAAUGACGCGCCGCAGCUUGCAUCCCUCUUCUACAUCAUGUUCGGCCGUGUCGAGAUCACGAUGAAGGCUGCUCCCGGAGCCGGUAUCGUAUCGUCGCUCGUUCUCCAGUCCGACGUGCUCGACGAGAUCGACAUUGAAUGGCUCGGCUCCGAUAAUGACGAGAUCCAGUCAAACUACUUCGGAAAGGGCCAGACGACCUCGUACAACCGCGGCGAGUUUCACGACGUGACAAAUACGCAGGGCGAGUGGAUUACAUAUACCAUCGACUGGACCAAGGACCGUAUCGUCUGGAUGGCUGGCGGCACUGUCGUUCGAACCCUCAACGCUGGCGACGCCGAGGAUAAUCAAUACCCUCAAACUCCGAUGCAAGUCAAGUUCGGCGCCUGGGCUGGUGGUGACCCCAAUACAAACUCCGCAGGCACCGUCAAAUGGGCCCGUGGACCAACAGACUACUCCAAAGGUCCCUUCACCAUGAAAGUCAAGAGUGUCGUUGUCACGGACUACUCAACUGGUGACGAGUACAAAUACAAGGACACAUCUGGCUCCUGGCAGUCAAUUGAAUCUGUCGGCGGUGAGAUCAACGGCAACGAAAACGGCGAUGCCAUGACCGUCACUGCUACCGCCCAAGGAACCGUCGCUACAGCGGAUGGAAACGUUCCUGUCGGAGGUAUCGCCGAGGACGGAAGUCCCGCUACAGCUACACAGACGGGAUGGCCCUGGACCGGCUCCCGACCUUCUGGCGGAGCUAUCCCUGAAGGCUGGAGGCUCAACGCCAAGGGGAAAAUCAUUCCCGCCGAGAACAGCGCCUUCGUUCUUCAGCCUUUACAUAACGUUAUUGCUGUUAUGCCCUUCUUGGCCGGCAUUAUGGCAUUUGCUGGUCGUUUCUUCUAGAGAAGAAACACCUUGACUUCACUUCACGGUAUAUGACCUAUAUAUUACGAUUCGACAGCAUAUAUUGUCUUGGGUUUUGGCCCAUGUACAUUGUCCGGCAUAUGAUGACCUCUAGACAACACCGCGAGUAUGUAUGGAUGUGAUUCCUUAUUUACAUGGCAAGGUUGGUUGGCGUUUCUGGAACUGGGGCACUUAGUUGCAAUUGGUUGGUAUUUGGGUUUGACAUAUUGCUCUUAGCGACGGCGCAAUGCAUUUGGUUGUAAAGAAUAGACGCAUGGCAAACAUUAGAUAGACAGGCGGUGUAUAAUGAAAGAAUCAACAUAUAUAUUUUACGAGGACCAAUGUACACUCCAAGAUGGAACACACAUUCUUCUCGUCAUACAAAUGUUGAAAAAAAUAGCACUGGUAAAUAUAGUUAUCAGGAUCGUGCCCGUCUCGUCCAUGCUUGAGCGUUAGCAGAGCCAUGGAUGGAGUCAACCCCUCUCCAGAGGCCACCAAAACUCCAGCAACAUGCGAAGUGCUUGUUCUAUAGGUAUGAUUUCUAUGAUACUAAAAUCUCUGCCGCCAAUAAUCCCCUUGAAUGCUCCGAGCAACCCAUCUCGGCGCCUGCGAGUUCGUUGUCUGCGUUCUGCGUUCUACGGCCGUUCACCCUGCACCCGGAAAGCACAUCGCGAGCUCGCGCUUCGCUCGGUGUGCUUUCUCCUCUUGUCUCCUUGAUCUUGCCCUUGCUCAUGUCGAAAGCAACAUCCGAGUAUUCUUACAAAACCUCCAAAGAAAAAAAAAAGCAAGCAAAUUAGUAUAAAAGCAACAGAACCAAAAGCCUCCCGCAAUUUUCUUUUUAUACGCCAACACCCUCACGGAGAACUUAGAAGGUCCAGUCAUCCUCAUCCUCAACAGACUUGAUGGCCCAUCGGAACUUGUCACGAAGAGUCUUGGAAAAGAACUUUUCGAUAGGAACGUCGAACUUCUUGGAGAAGACCACUGUGAGGCGAGGAUCAAUGUAGUUCUAUGAAUAACAAGUCAGUCAAAGAUCUUCAACGGGUUUUCG